AUGUCGAAAGGUAAUAGCAGCCUGUCCGGAGAGCAGCAGCUGAAUUACCAUUCUUUGGAGCAGAGUCCCUGCAAAUCCUCUACGGAAGUGAAGGGCUACCAGAGAAAAACAUGGAAGACGCUGGUCUGCCACUCCGUCUCCGUGCUCACUCUGGGGCUCCCCCUGGCCAUCUUCCACUGGAAGCCGCACCUGGAGAUCUACGCCAAAUGCACGCCCUGCCCCUUGCGCCAGGCGGACUGGGUGCUCAUCCACGAUCAGCCAGGACGGUGUUUCGCAUCCAGGGUCCAAACACAGCAGAUAGAGGAUGGCAGCCCGGAGUCCGGAACCGACGAGGGGAGAAGCGCUAUCGCCGUGGGCGUUUCAGAUGACCAGACAGGAAGACAGGACACAAUAUGGCUGCACCAGAAAGAAGAGAACGUUCUGCGCUACUACUCCUUCGAAGGUGUGCGCUACCUCUGGGUGGAAAGGCGAGAGGCCUACUGCAGGGCCAGCACGCUGAAUGAAGACUGGACGUGCUCCGAUCUCCACCUCUCCUGCCGUGGUCUAAGCGUCCAGGAACAGUCUGCCAGGCACCUUUCCUAAAACUGUGCACCCCUUGUACCCUGCCCCUUCUUUGACAGAAAGAUGAUUUACGGCCCAAACCUGAUUGACGUGCCGGUGAAGUCCUACUUCCGGCUGCUGAUGGAUGAGAUCUUGAAUUUGUUCUACUUUUUCCAAGUGUUCAGCAUCACUUUAUGGAUCUGCGAAGAAUAUUACUCUUACGCCAUCUGCAUCUUCAUCAUUUCCACCAUCUCGAUCGGACUCUCUCUCUACGUCACCAAAAAGCAAAACAGGACUCUCCGGGACAUGGCCAAAGUGGUGACCAGCGUGCAGAUUUGCCGACCUUCUGGAGAGAGAGUGGUGGUGAGUUCCGUGGAUCUCGUGCCAGGAGACGUCCUGGUGGUCUCUCCAGAGGGGAUGCUGGUUCCCUGUGAUGCCGCCCUGCUCAACGGCGAGUGUGUGGUCAACGAAAGCCUUCUGACUGGGGAGAGCACGCCGGUCCUGAAGACCCCUUUGUCGAAAGGCCCGGAAGAAGCCAGUGCCAUCUAUUCCCCCGAAGAUCACAAACGACACACCCUGUUCUGCGGGACACAAGUCAUCCAGGCGCGAUCCUACGGAGACGCUGACAUCCUGGCAGUUGUGACCCGCAUUGGCUUCUACACAGCCAAAGGGGAUCUCAUCAGCUCCAUCCUUCACUCCAAGCCAUUGAAGCUCCGAUUCCAUAACGAUGCUUGGAAGUUUGUCACCUUCCUCGCGAUCUUGGCCAUUGGUGGAACCGUCUAUAGCAUCAUCAUCUUAAAGAGGAACCAGGUUUCCCAGUGGCUGCUCGUCAUCCGUGCUCUGGACAUCGUGACGGUGGUUGUUCCCCCAGCCUUGCCAGCGGCGAUGACCAUGGGCACCAUGUACGCUCAAAGCCGGCUGAAACGCCAGGGCAUUUUCUGCGUCAGUCCACAACGCAUUGACCUCUGUGGGAAGGUGCGCUUGGUUUGCUUCGACAAGACAGGGACCCUGACGGCUGACGGCAUGGACAUCUGGGGCGUCGUCCCCCAGGCCAGCAGCUCUUUCCUCCCCAUCGUUCAUGACCUCUGCCGUCUGGCUGACGGACCGCUGCUUCGCUGCCUGGCCACCUGCCACACCCUCUCUCUGCUUGGAGAUCUGCCUAUAGGGGACCCGGUGGAUCUCCGGAUGUUGGAGUCUACUGGAUGGUCUCUGGUAGAAACCAAAGGGUCAGAGGUGGAGGCCUGCCUAGACCAGGACUUUGGGACCCAAGCUCUGCUCGUCAUGACUCCCCCGCGGCUGAGAGAGCAGCUCCCCAGCACGAAGCCCCCCGUCCCCAUGGCUGUCCUCCGCCGUUUCCCGUUUUCGUCAGCUCUGCGAAGGAUGUGCGUUCUGGGGAAGGCUCCCGGCAACAGCCCCGUGGAGGCUUUCAUGAAGGGAGCACCGGAGACGGUGGCCAGUCUCUGCAAGAGAGAAUCAGUCCCGCAGGAUUUUUCCCAGCAGCUGCACCAGUUCACAAGCAGCGGGUUCCGUGUUCUGGGGCUGGCUUACAAGCCCUCGGUGGCCGUGGGGACCUUUGAAGAAGCCCAGGAGGUGACCAGAGACUGGGUGGAGGCGGACAUGAUCUUCCUUGGGCUCCUGGUCCUCAAGAACGUCCUCAAGCCCGAGACGGCACCCGUCAUCCGUGUGCUGCGCAGUGCGGGGAUCCAAACCGUCAUGGUCACAGGGGACAACAUGCUCACUGCAGUGAACGUGGCGAGGAGCUGCCAAAUGUUGGAGGCGCAGGAGCGGGUGGUGUUCGUGAAUGCUGCGCCGCCCAGCCACGGCAAGCAAGCUGCCCUCACCUUCACUCCUUCCGAUGUCUCUUCGGAGCAGGGUGCCCACCGCCAAGACGGCGACUUCCAGGAACAGCAGCCGUCCUCCUUCGCCUUGAACGGGAAAUCCUUUGCGGUCCUCUGCGAGUGCUUCCCAGCCCUCCUGCCCAAGAUAUUAGUCCAAACGACUAUUUUCGCACAGAUGUUACCUGAUCAGAAAACUCGCUUGGUCGAGCAUUUGCAGCAGCUGAACUACUGCGUGGCGAUGUGUGGCGACGGGGCCAACGACUGUGGGGCUCUGAAGGCAGCCGAUGUGGGCAUCUCGCUCUCCGAAGCGGAGGCCUCGGCGGCAGCACCAUUCACUUCCCAGAUGGAUAAUAUCAAGUGCGUCCCCAUCACCAUUAGGGAAGGAAGAUGCUCCUUGGUCACCUCCUUCGGCCUCUUCAAAUACAUGGCCUUCUACAGCCUCACGCAAUUUGUUUCCGUGCUCCUGCUGUACACGAUCAACACCAACUUGAGCGACGGGCAGUUCCUGUUCACCGAUCUCAUCAUCACCACCACGAUGGUCGCUCUCAUGGGCAAGACCGAGCCUGCCGAGGACUUGGGUCUCCGGCGCCCGCAGGGAGCCCUGAUCAGCCUCGCCGUCCUGGGCAGUCUUUGCCUCCAAACGGCUCUCAUCGUGGCCGUCCUGGUGAUCGUCUACUUCAUCACCAUCUCCCAGCAGUGGUUCACCCCUCUGAACAGCACUCUGUCCGCCCCCGCAAACCUGCCAAAUUACGAGAACACGGUUAUCUUCUGCACCUCGGGGUUCCAGUAUCUCAUCUUGGCGGUGGUCGUGUCCAAAGGCCGACCUUUCCGCAAGCCGCUUUAUACCAACGUGCCCUUUUUGAUUGCCUUACUCUUGCUCACUGGCUUCAUGAUCUGGCUGACCGUCUUUCCGCUGGCCUUCAUGCAAAAGCUCCUGCGUUUGAAGAGCCCCAGUGACCUGAGCUUCAAAGUGAUCUUGCUGGGAAUGGCUGCUCUCCACUUCUUCGUGGCUUUCGUGCUGGAGGUGGGCCUGGACCACGGCCUGCUGAACGGCUUCCGGAAGCUGCGACGCAAGAAGGCAUCCAAAAAGCUUUACAAGCAGCUGCAGUGGGAGCUUAGCCAGGAGAAGAGCUCGUGGCCGCCUCUCCACGCACCUCUCUUUGCCCCCACCGGAACCUCCCCAGCCACAAGAUGACACCAGUCGGUGACCGUCUCUGUGUC